AUGGAUAAGCACAGGGCGAUUGAUCACGUCAAAGAUUGGGCAGUAGCAGCGCAAGAUGACUCACGGAUCGUCGGGGGACGUGAGUGCCCCAGGCACCGCCAGCCCUACCAAGUUAUCCUCUCCAACAACAUGAAAAAUGGCCCUGAUAUUCAGUGUGGAGGCGUCCUGAUAGAGAAGGACUGGGUGAUCACCGCUGCCCACUGUGAUAACAUGGGGGAGAUCCAUAUGCGAAUGGGGGAUCACAGCUUGAGGGCCAACGAGGGCACAGAACAGUGUAUCACAUCCGUACAAAAAUUCCCACACCCGAACUACGACCCCACCACGCACGACAGUGACGUCAUGCUUAUUCGACUGCGCAAUCCGGCCAUCAUCAAUGACUACGUGAAGCCCAUCCCGCUGGCCGACACAUGUGCUGAGCCAGGCGUCCGUUGCCUGGUGUCUGGCUGGGGCACCACCCAGUCCCCUAAAUCAGAGUUCCCCGACCUCCUGCAGUGUGCAGAAGUCUACACAAUUUCGAAUGAGCAAUGCAACAAGGCAUACCCAAAUUCCAUCACGAAAAACAUGCUGUGCGCUACUGUGAAGGGAGGCGGUGUGGACUCCUGUCAGGGUGACUCCGGUGGUCCGCUGGUGUGCAACAAUAAACUCCAGGGCAUUGUUUCCUGGGGGAUGCAGAUCUGUGCACAGGAUGGGAAACCUGGGGUCUACACAAACGUCUGUCAGUUCACCGGCUGGAUUAACGACAUCAUACGGAGCAACUCAGUCAGUCGUGCGGCAGACAUUUGCUAGUCUGUAAUGGGAGAUGUCACU